UGUGUGCUUUGAUUCUUGCAUCUGCCGUAGUGGUUUUCCUGUCUCCUCUGCUGCUGGGCAAUCGGCUUCCGCUUUUUCCAGUGUGCGUUUUCUUCUGUCAGCCUCUCCCUCUUUCCAAUUUGCAAUCUAGAACCCACUUUUGAUAGAGCAUUCUGUUCACCUGUUGCCGCAUGAAAAACUACCCCAAAACUUGGUGGCUUAAAAAUGACAACUAUUUUAUGGCAACUCCUAGUUUCUGUAUGUCACGAAUUUGAGGGCUCAUCUAGGUGAUUCUUCUGCUCCAUGUGUCUGAUUGAGUUCAAACAGUGAUACUUAGCUGGUGACUGGACUCAUCUGGAGGGUCCACGAUGGCUUCACUCACAUGGCUGGUGCCAUCGCAGGGUUCCCAGGAGGCUGGGCAUAGCUGGGACUGUCAACCAAUGCCCUACAUGUAGCCUUCCUAAUGAGGUGGUCUCAGGGUAGUUGGACCAUUUUCAUGGGACUGGUUUUCCACGGAAGCCAGGCAGAAGCGAGCACCCCAUGGAAACCAGGUGGAGGCUGCAUGGACUUUUCUGAUCUAGCCCCAGAGUUCACACAGCAUCACUUCUGCUGCAUCGGAUUGGUUACACCAAGUUACAGGCCAGACCACAUUCAAGGGAGGUGAGUUAGACUCCACCUCUUGGUGGCAGAGUGACACGGUCACAUUCUAGAAGACCAUGUGGGAUGGGAGAUACUGUUGUGGUCACCUCUGGAAAACACAAUCUGCUACUCUGAGAAACUGGCCACGCUCAUACAAAUAAACAGAAAGAGCUUCUGAAGGAAGACUUCAAACCUGCUCCUGUGAGUAAAAUAUGCUACAUGCCUUUGUGCCAGGAUCCGAUUGGCUGUCUUUCACCUACUCGGGUCUUCCUGUCCGUGCUUCUUCUGUCUUUGUCAUAUUUUAGGCGGGCAUGUUUUCUGGAUGACUGAUUACUCAAAUAUUUCAGGUGUUUCCCACACUCAGAGUAUAAGGUUGAAAGCAAAAUUUGUUUUAAGGGUGUAUGUCUGUUACCAACCAACCCCUGCUCCAAUGCCAGUAGAGUGUCCAGUUACUGAUUAACUUCAUCCAGCAGGUAGCCCAAGAUAACUAGAAGUCCAGUGCCCAGGAGACCUCAGAAGCCCCGAGUGGCAGCUCUGUCAUUGCUGGCCACAGGGCCUUCGGCAAGAGAGUUGACUGGGCUCAGUGGUUGUCUUCUAUGACUUGAUCCUUUAGAAAUUGAAGCUGUAUCUACGACUGAGGAGGCCUAAGCUCAAAUCCAGAUUGACUUAGAGUUCCAGGGUUUUACACCUGCAAGGUACCUGGGAGGUAUCACCUGCCCAACAUUUGUAUUUUAGAGGUGAAGAAACUGUGACUCAGAGAUUGAGCAAAUGACUUUGUGGUUGCCUAAGAUUACAUAGUUAGUUAAUGGUAAAGUGAAGACAGGAGCCCAAUUCCAACCUCCAGUUCUAUAUGCUUGAAGACUGUGUCACUAAGAUAAAAACCUCACAAUUGCUGGCAGCCUUGGAUAUGUAUGUAUGUGUAUGCAUGUGUAUGUAUGUACUUAGAAUUGCGUUUUUAUAUGCUAAACAUGCAACAUUUCUAUUGUGUAUUUUAUAGAACACUUAUAUGUUCUAUAAUAUGGAUCUAUGCAUUUGGGCUUAUGGAUUCUAUUAGGUAAAAUUGCACACAUUUCUAGUAUAGUAACUGGUGUUAGCUAAGUUACCAGCUACGCUACUGGUGAGUUCUCAGGCUUGGCUGUGGAAGGGUCCCUUAGCAGGAAUUUGGCAGAAUGCAGAUGGCAGAAGUGCUGAUUUCUCAUCACGUCUGCCAGCUGUGUCCUUGAGCAAGCUCCUUACCUCCCUGAAUACCUGGUUCUGCUUCUGUAAAACAUUGAUGAGAGCUACUGCUGGUUGAGCACUUUCCUUUUGCAGCACUGCUGAGCUCGUUACAUAUGAUGUGACAUCCAAUCCUCCUGUAGCGCACACCAGGGUAUGCCCAUUUCACAGAUGAGGAGUCUGAGCCUCACACAGACCACGCGGUGCCGGACCUCAUCCUCCUCUUCCUGUGUCCUCUGGAAAUUGUCAGGAGCAAUGUUCCGCCUGUACGUGUUGGUAAUGGGAGUUUCUGCCUUCACCCUUCAGCCUGUGGCGCACACAGGGGCUGCCAGGAGCUGCCGGUUUCGCGGGAGACAUUACAAGCGGGAGUUCAGGCUGGAAGGGGAGCCUGUGGCCCUGAGGUGCCCCCAGGUGCCCUACUGGCUGUGGGCCUCUGCCAGCCCUCACGUCAACCUGACAUGGCAUAAAAAUGACUCUGCUAGGACGGUCCCAGGAGAAGAAGAGACACGGAUGUGGACCCAGGAUGGUGCUCUGUGGGUUCUGCCAGCCUUGCAGGGGGACUCUGGCACCUACAUCUGCACUACUAGAAAUGCCUCUUACUGUGACAAAAUGUCCAUUGAGCUCAGGGUUUUUGAGGAUACAGAUGCUUCCCUGCCGUUCAUCUCAUACCCGCAAAUUUUAACCUUGUCAGCCUCUGGGGUAUUAGUGUGCCCUGACCUGAGUGAAUUCAUCCGUAACAAAACUGACGUGAAGAUUCAAUGGUACAAGGAUUCUCUUCUUUUGGAUGAAGACAAUGAGAAAUUUCUCAGUGUGAGGGGGACCACUCACUUACUCGUGCACGAUGUGGCCCUGGAAGAUGCGGGCUAUUACCGCUGUGUCCUAACAUUUGCCCACGAAGGCCAGCAAUACAACAUCACUAGGAGUAUCGAGCUACGCAUCAAGAGAAAACAAGAGGAGACCAUUCCUGUGAUUAUUUCCCCCCUCAGGACCAUAUCGGCUUCCCUGGGGUCAAGACUGACAAUCCCGUGUAAAGUGUUUCUGGGAACCGGCACGCCCUCAACCACCAUGCUGUGGUGGACAGCCAAUGACACCCACAUAGAGAGCGCCUACCAGGGAGGCCGCGUGACCGAGGGGCCACGCCAGGAAUAUUCAGAAAAUAAUGAGAACUACAUUGAAGUGCCAUUGAUUUUUGAUCCUGUUACAAGAGAGGAUUUGAACAUGGAUUUUAAAUGUGUUGUCCGUAAUACCCUGGGUUUUCAGACACUACGCACCACAGUCAAAGAAGCCUCCUCCACAUUCUCCUGGGGCAUUGUGCUGGCCCCACUUUCACUGGCCUUCUUGGUUUUGGGGGGAUUAUGGAUGCACAGACGGUGCAAACACGGAACUGGAAAAGCAGAUGGUCUGACUGCGCUACGGCUGCAUCAUGACUUUCAAUCCUAUCCCAAUUAAAAUAAACAGAAUGAAAUAAUUCAAACACAAACUCCAUAUGUCUUCUCCUAUGGGAGUGGCUGUGUCUUUUUGAGGGACUCUGUUCUUUGCCUCAGUUGUCUACCAAAG